AUGUUGGUCGAAGCUGGAGCCCAACGCAGCCAGCUACAGCCCUGCGAUCGUCGCUCUGCUCCGCAGAAGCGAUGCGACAGGCGAAUUAGGCAGCUUCAACGCUGGCAGAGGGCUCUGGCGCUGCUGAGCGAGAUGUGCGAGCCGAAGCUGGUGCCCAACGUCACCAGCUGCAGCGCUGGGUUCACAGCGUGCGCGACGGACGAGCGGUGGCAGCGGGCACUGGCGCUGGCGCUGCUGAGCGAGAUGUGGGAGGCGAGGCUGCAGCCCAACGCAGCCAGAUACAGCCCUGCGAUCGUCGCUUUGCUGCGGAGAGACGACACGACAGGCUAGUCAGCCACAACCGCUGGGAUCAGCGCGCGCUGGAAGGGCAAUCAAUGGCAUCAGGCUCCGUUGCUGCUCAGCGAGGCGUGGUAGGUGAAGUCGGAGCCCGACGUUACCGGUUACAGCGCUUGGAUCAGUGCGUACGACAAGGGCGAGCCGUAGCAGCGUUGUUCGGCGCUGCUCGGCGAGAUGCGCGAACGUUGGAGCCCAGCGUCAUCUUUAUCACCGCGACGGGAUCAGCAGUUGCGAGAAGGGCAAGCAGUCGCAGCAGGCCUUGUCGCUGAUCUGCGCGACGUGGCGAUGUCGGAGGCAAAACUGUAGCCCGACGUCGUCAGCUACAGCGCUGGGAUCAUCGCGGGCUGGAAGGGCGACCAGCGGCAGCGCUCAGGGAGACGUGGAAGGCGGCACGGCUGCCCGCCGUCGUCAACUACCACGCUGGGAUUAGGGCUCGGACGCUACUCGGGGAGCUGUGGGAGGCGAAGUUAAAGCCGAGGGUCUUCAGCUAAAGCGCUGGCAUUAGCGCGUGCGGGAGAGGCUGAGGUGGGCUAUGGGCUCAGAUGCUGCUCGGCGAGGUGUAGGAGGCAAAGCUGGGGCCCAACAUCAGCAGCUACAAAGCUGGAGUUAGCUUGUGCGAAGAAUGAAAAUGGGCGAUGGCGCUGCUUUGAGCCCAGCGUCACCAAUCACAUCGCUGGGACCGGCGAAUGCGAGAAGGGCAGAGUGGCAGCGGUGUCUGGUGCUGCUCAGCGAGACGUGAGAGGCGAGGCUGGAGAUCAGUGUCAUCAGCUACAACGCAGGGACCACCCCGUCCGAGAAGGGCGCGCACUGGCCGCUGGUUGUUGUGGCGCUGCCGAGCGAGAUAUGGGAGGCGAAGCUUGAGCCCGACGUCAUCUCUCUGGCGUUAUCUCUCUGGGACGCCGAGCAGCCACCGCGGUCUCUGGAGAUGUUCAGCUGCGGCGGCGAAGACGAAGCAGCUGAAGAACCGUGCGUCCGAGCUUGUGGCCAAGCUCUCCGAGGAGCAGAAGUUGCGGGAGACGGCACGAAGCGACGCAUCUGCCGCGAAAGUCCCGUUGUUCGAGACAUCCGCGCCCACGUGGCACGUGGCAGGGCGAGCCGACGCGUCCCAGCGGCCCUUGAGUCCCGUGCCUGGAAGGCCUGCGGCGGGGCGCGCAAGGUUUCCCCG